GGAGGGGGCGGGGUGCAGCAGGAGGGAGCAGAGAUGUUUGGAGGCUUUUUUUUUUAUAUAAAAUUAUUUAUUUAAAUAAAAAUGGCCGCCGUGGAGAGCGGAGAGGAGAGACUAGAGGAGGGCGAGGAGGGAGCCGUGGACCCCCAGCCCCCCCCCAGAGAGAGAGACCGGUCCCACAGCAAGACCAAGAAGGCUCGUCGGCGCCAUGCCGACCGAGGGGUGGAGCCCGCCGCCGCGGUGCAGCAGCCACAGGCGGGCGCCGAGCCACCGACCCAGGCGUCGGAGCUGGCGGUAGCGGGCCCCUCGGAGCCGGGCUCGGAGUCGGCGGCCGGCAGCGAGUCGGCAGGUUCUCCCAGGCAACGGCGCUCCGUCAUCCGGGACCGCGGGCCGCUGUACGACGACCCGUCGCUACCCGAAGGCUGGACCCGCAAACUCAAACAGAGGAAGUCCGGACGCUCGGCGGGGAAGUUUGACGUCUAUUUGAUCAACUCGGAGGGAAAAGCGUUUCGAUCCAAGGUGGAGCUUAUCGCCUACUUUCAGAAGGUUGGCGACACGACCACCGACCCUAACGACUUUGAUUUCACGGUCACCGGACGCGGAAGCCCCUCCCGCCGCGAGAAGCGCCCCCCCAAGAAAGCCAAGGUGGUGAAACCCUCGGGGCGAGGACGGGGGCGGCCCAAAGGCAGUGGGAAGAUGCGGCAGGCUACAGAGGGCGUGGCCAUGAAACGUGUGGUUGAGAAAACUCCGGGCAAACUGCUGGUCAAGAUGCCCUUUGGCAAGGCAGAGUCCUCCACCGGCACCACCUCCACUGCCGCAAAGGUGGCGUCUGUUCUGGUGCCCAAGUCCCGCCCCGGGAGAAAGAGGAAAUCGGAACAGGAACUUCCAGCCCCGCCUCAGACCACCCCCAAGAAACGGGGCAGGAAACCAGCCUCUGUCUCUGCAGCGUCACCGGUUGCCAUGGCCCCCACCUCCACGCCAUCGACCUCCGGCAGCUCAACGGCUGCGAGCUACGCCGCGGCGGCCAUCUUAGCCGCCGAAGCCAAACGGAGAGCAGCCAAGGAGUCGUCUGCCAAACUUGUUGUCCAGGAAACUGCCCUGCCGAUCAAAAAACGCAAAACGAGAGAGACAGUGGAGGAGAGGGAGAUUGUUCCGACCCCGGCCGCUACGACAACCGAGACCGAAAGACGGGUGACUUUAGAGGCGGAGGCGGGUAAAGGGGAGGAAGCUCCGACCUCAGAGCCUCAGCCCGCCCCAUCUGAGAAGAGCCAGUCACAAACACAGAAGCAGCCGACUGCUUCAGACGAAAGCCAACCGCAUGGACACAAGGCGCAUAAAGGCCGGAAGCACAAGGAGAAAUCGGGAAUAGCAACUGGAGACGGAAGAAGCCGAGGACAGGACGUAGGGGAAGAUGUUGGAGAUAAAGGAGGAGAGGGAGGAAGAAGUAGCAGCAGCAGCAGCAGUAGCAUUAGCCCGUCAAAAAGCCACAAAAGGAAGGAGCGGCCGCCUCACAAACACCACCACCAUCACCACCACCACCGCCAUCAUCGCCACCAACAUUCCUCUGCCUCACCGUUGGAUCUGCCUCCUCCUCCUCCUGCUGCGGCCUCUGGACACCCAGCACCCCCCAGCCAGUCCAGACCAGACGUCAAGCCCCAGACUGUGCCUCAGCUCACCACCCAACAACCUCAGCACACCCAGCAAGCUCCUCCCAAACCGCUAUCCCAGUCCGCCUCUGAACCUCGGCAUCCUCCCCCUCCACCACGCCACCAGCCCCAGCCCCAGCCCCGUUCCCAGCAGCAUCCCCAGUCUCCCAGCCAGCCCCAAGCCAAGCCUCGAUACCCAGUGUCCCAGCCCUCUCCUACCAGGCAUGUCUUGCCCCAGCCGCGUUCCCAACAACCCCCCCCACCACCACCACCACCCCAAACCCACAGUCACACCCAAGCCUCCCCGCAAAAACCCCAAUUGCAGCCUGUUCACUCCCUAACCCCGCACCAAACCCAGCUUCAGGCUCAGCAUGCUCCACCUCAGUCCACAUCCAUCCUGCACGCUCAUCCGCCCCAAGCGAGGCAUUCACAUCCGCAAACCCAGCCUCCCGCUGUACUCCAACCUCAAACACAGCCCAGGUACCCGUCUCAACACCAAGCCCAGCUCAAACAACAAUCUCAACCCCAGCCGCGGCAGUCACUGCAGCCUCAACUCCAACCCCAGGCCAGGACCGCAGCGCAACUUCAGACUCAACUGCAGCCCAGAACCGCAGCCCAAACUCCGCCUCAAUCCCAAUACAGAAUCCCAGUGCAAACUCCGACUCAGCCACAGUCCAGAUCCCCCGCCCAAACGCAGCCUCAACCCCAAUCCAGGAACGCAGCGCAGACGUCGACUCAAUUACAGCCCAGAAACACGGCCCAAACUCCGACUCAGCCCCUGUCCAGGGCCGCAGUCCAACCUCACCUGCAGCACCAACCCCAGAUGAGACACCCAUCUCAGCAACACCAACUCCAGACUCAAUACAGACCACAAGCCAGACCGUCUGUCUCUCAGCCGAGGCCGCCGCAGUCCCAAGCACAACCGCACCCACACUUUCAGCGGGUCCAAACGCAGUCCCGUCCCCAGCCCCUCCCUCAGCUCAGCAGGCCCCACGUUAACGUGCAGCACCUCUCGUCGCACCGACCGUCUCCCAGCCUAACAACCAGGACCAACCUGGUGGCCGUGCAGCCGAACCAGAGCGAACAGCCGCAAGAUCUGAGCACCACGCGGCCUGGCCGGGGAAGCCUGCCGCCUGGCCGGGAGGUCGGCGUGGAAGGCGUCAGAGCGGAGGGGAGAGGGGAGGCGGCCGCGGCGUCGGGAAGCAGAGAGGUUUUAAGCGGAGAAAGAGGGUCGAACAGCAACUCGAGGCCUCCCAGCGCCAUGGCUUCCGCGCCCCCUGGGGUAGCCGGCGCCGGAGUCGGGCUUGUUCCUGGCGCGAGGCUCCGGGCAGAGCCAGACGCAGCAGGCGAGGGCCGGGAGCUCAGAGACAUCGUCCCGCAGUCCGCCGUCCCCUGUCCCAGCCGGGAGGAAACCGUAGAGUCACGGACUGCCGUCAGCGAAAGAGUCAGCUGAUUGGUCGGUGUGAUGAGCCGACGGAUUGGUCGGUAGACUGGCGGACGGACGGACGGAGUCAGCCACCAGGUGGAAGAGGAGUGUGACCGGGCUGUUCACGGAGGUGUAAUGAGUCGUUAGAUGGAUGGAUGGAUAGCGCCCACACGGCGCUUGGCAGGACUGUCGCAGCUUCACCUCCGUCUGAUUCUGUCUGGAGACUCUGUAAAGUUCGGGAUUUGAGAGCCAACGUGGCGCUGAGGGACAGCUGGAGAAGAGAACGGAUAGUGUCUUUUUUUUUAGGAAAAACAAAAAGGAAAAAACCCCGAUUUUAAAAACAAAAAGUGUGUGUGUAUAUAUAAUCAAAAGGCAGCUGUUGUGUCCCGCUAGUCUCCGUGGGGAGGGGGGGGGAAUAGUUUGGAACUAAAAACUCAACGCUUAACAACACAUUACUCUGAACAAACCGUUGCUUCCGGAAUAUAACCUGUUUUUUUUUUUGUUUUUCGUAUUUUGAUAGUUUAUUGUUUUUGUCUCUGUUAUACAGCUUUAAACUCUGAUAUUAUUGACUGAAGGUCCCUUACUCAUCGCCGUGCUGCUGACUGACAGUCCCUUAUUUAAAGUCCUGCUCCUAACUGACCAUCUCUCACGAAGACUCCUCCUAAAGAGAGUCAAAGCUCCUCCCCUUGGGACCUCAUUUUGGAAAGAAUAUGUACGACAGUGAACGGGGAGAGACGAAUAUAUAUAUAUUUUUUUAUCCCGUGUGAAUUGAGCCGUGAAAUACACAUAAUGAUGUUCGUCAGUUAAAAAGAUAAUUCAGCGAGUGAAGAAAGUCUCAGUCUGUCGUAGGUUUGUCGUAGCACCAUUUAGAAACCGCUCAGUGAACUACGUCUCUUGUCUCGCACAAUAUACGUCACCUCGCUCGCGCUAACUAGCUAGCUAGUUAACUAGCUAGCUAGU